AUGUCGACUGAAUCCUAUAACUCUACUACUUUUAACUGUCAACGAUUCAAAUGCUCAGGUCGUGGUCUUAUACUACCAUUUGGUAUUGAAGCAUGCAUGUCAAUACAAUUACGAGCAGUACUUUACUUCGUCUUUUUGCUCUAUCUAUUUCUUGGCAUUGCUAUCAUUGCUGAUAUAUUUAUGUCAGCUAUUGAAACUAUUACAUCAAGAAAACAAAAAAUACGUUACCCGGACCCAGGAGAAAAAGAUAAAUACUUAACUGUUGAAGUUCGCGUAUGGAAUGACACAGUUGCCAAUUUAACAUUGAUGGCACUUGGUUCCAGUUCGCCAGAAAUUCUUUUAUCAAUUAUUGAAAUCGUUGGAAAUCGUUUCGAAGCAGGAGAACUUGGCCCGGGAACAAUUGUUGGUUCUGCUGCUUACAAUCUUUUAAUGAUUAGUGCUAUAUGUAUUGCGUCUAUAAAUGCACCAGAAACUCGAAGAAUUAAGUUAUACAAUGUUUUCUUGGUCACGUCAUUUUUUGGUUUCUUUGCUUACAUAUGGUUAUUCAUCGUUUUAUCAGUAAUCUCAAAGGAUGUUGUUGAACUUUGGGAAGCAGUACUUACAUUUCUUAUGUUCCCACUGGUCGUUAUAUUAGCUUAUCUGGCUGAAAAGAAUUGUUUUGCUUCGAAAAAAAUUGAAAUGGCAGAAGAAGAAAAACUUAUAAUAACCCCACCCGAAACAGAUGCAGCAGGUGUUCCGCGUAGUUUUCAUAAAGAUGAACUUCUUCAAUUCUUACGUGAUCUUGGCCAAUCAUCAAAUCUAUCAAUAGAAGAUAAAGCACAAUUAUUUGCUGCUAAACUAAGUGAAAAUAUGCAUCGAUCGCGUAUGCAAUAUCGAAUUCAAGGUGCACGUAUGCUUACUGGUGGCAAAUCUUUGUUUGUCAAUUUACCAGAUAAACUUCAAGAGAUAUAUGAAAAAUAUCAAAAGAUUGACGAUGAAUCAUCACCAUCAGCAAUAGCGCAAGAAAUUGAUUGCCUGCCAAAACUUGAAUUCACUGCUACAGCCUAUGCUGUACUUGAGAACGAACAAAGAAUUGAUAUUAUUAUCAAACGAACUGGUCCUAUUAAUGUCAACAUAUACCAACGAGCUGUCAAACCGCAGCCAUUUGAUACUACUUUCUCGACUGACCAUAAAGCUGGGGGUCGAAAAAGUACGUUAACACGAAAUGACAUCGAUGAGGAUCCACAAAUGGCUAUACUUGAGUUUGCCUCAUCCAGUUACGCUGUACUUGAACGUGAACAGCGCGUAACUGUUGAAGUCGUCAGGCACGGUUUUACUAAAUCUGUUGUUCACUUUCGACUCGAUACAAUUGAUGGUACAGCAACAGCAGGCGAAGAUUAUAUUAAAUUGUCUGAAGAAUUUGUUAUGGAAUCUGGCCAACAAGAGAAAAAAAUUACUAUUCAUGUUAUCGAUGAUAAUCAAUGGGAGCCAGAUGAGACAUUUUUCGUUAAAUUAUCAUUACCAGAAAGCGAAGAAAAUCAUGCUAAAGUAGGAUCAAAAACAGUUGCACUUGUUACAAUUAUUAAUGAUGAUGAACCUGGUUAUAUUCAUUUCGAAGAACCAAUUAAUCUAGUUAAAGAGAGUGUUGGAAAAGCUGAAAUCAAAGUUGCACGUGUGAAUGGUGCCGAUGGACGAGUUAGCGUUCAUUAUCGAACAAAAGAUAUCGAAGCCGUAGCAACAAGAGAUUAUGAACCUGCCGAUAGUGAAUUAGUAUUCGAACACGGUGAAAUAUCAAAAAUUAUAGCUAUACCAAUUAUGAACGAUCUUGAUACCGAAAAAGAUGAAACAUUUGCUGUUGAAUUAUAUAAUCCAACAGGUGGCGCAACAAUAGGCAAACACGGAAGAACGGUUGUGACAAUUAUCAAUGAUGAUAAUUAUAUAACCAUGGCAAAUAAAAUGGCAUCACUUGUUCAAGUUGAUAUUGAUAAAUUAAGUGUAACAAAGACAACAUGGGGACAACAAUUUAAAGAUGCUAUGACUGUCAAUGGUGGCGAUUUAGAAACAGCAAAAUUCCUUCAUUAUGUUGGUCAUACAUUUUCAUUUUUUUGGAAAAUUCUCUUCGCGUUUGUACCGCCAACAUCAAUAGCUGGCGGCUGGCUAACGUUUUUCGUUUCACUUCUUUUCAUCGCUAUUCUAACGGCUGUUGUUGGUGAUGUUGCCGCUAUAUUUGGUUGUCUCGUUGGAUUAAAAGAUAGCAUAACAGCUAUAUCAUUUGUUGCACUUGGCACAUCAUUACCUGAUACAUUCGCAUCGAUGAUUGCAGCUAAAAAUUCUAAAACAGCCGACGAUGCCAUUGGCAAUGUAACAGGAUCGAAUAGUGUUAACGUAUUUCUUGGUCUCGGUCUACCAUGGCUUGUUGCUGCCGUAUAUUGGGAAUCAAAAAAUCUUCCAUUUACUGUCAAAGCAGGCGACUUAUCAUUCAGCGUACUCGUCUUUUCUUGCUCUUGUAUUAUUGGCAUGAUUCUACUAACGCUUCGUCGAUUCUUAGGCGUUUUUGGCAAAGCUGAAUUGGGCGGACCAACGAUACCAAAAUAUGCAUGUUCAGCCUUUUUUGUAUUUCUUUGGAUUUGUUAUUUGACACUAUCGGGUCUUCAAGCGUAUGGACAUAUUUAUUGGGCAACUUAA